AUUGCUACUGGCAAAGCUCUGGGACUCCUGAAGCUCCACUCUCCCGGCGUGCUUGCCUGAGGAUAGCAGGAAGCUCAGCCCAGCUUUCAAGUGUCACUGUGACUGACUGCAGGGAGGGAGGAGUUGCCAGCGAGUCCAGCAAGGCCGCCUGAGCACUUGCACGGGCUGCCAGGAUGCAAUCCGAGGCUUAGAGAUCCCGCUUCUGUGCCGCUCUCCUUUGUGUCCACCCCGGGGAGGGGAAGUGCAAACCGACCGCUUCCUCUUGGAGGGCUUUCAAGUGGCUCCAAGGGAAGCCCGUUAACUUGCCGAGCACCAGGGGGUGUGGAGUGAGGGAUUGUCCCUCUGACAAUGAGGAUCCAUGUUCUCAGAGUUCACCGAGCACCUGGAAGAACGUAAGUGGCAAAGACUGGAGACCACAUGGAAGAAACGAAUGCAGAAGGGAUUUCUCCCUGCAACGGCUGUGACAGGAUUGUACAGUGCUGUGGAUACGGUGACACAGAGGGGCGUGUGGAUCUGCCUUUUCCUCCCAUUUCUUCUGCUUGAUAUUUGAUCUCGGUCCUUCGGGGGCUGCUGGUUUCUGGUGGUAAUGGGCACUAACUAUUCACUGGUGUUUCUCUCUUCCGUUGGGCAGCUUUGAAUGAUCUCGGUGGGGAGGACACAGCAGCCAUAGACAGUUUUCUGGAAUAACCUGUUGGUUCCCGGUACUGGGAGGAGCCCAGUUUAGAGGUUACUGCUUGGAAUGAGGACAGCAGCAGCUAAGUCAUCAGUACAUUUUCCCCUUGUUUGCCCCCCACAGCCCUUGCUUCAUGAACACAGGAGGCAAAAGGGAGGACGUUAUCCAGGUAAUUAGCCUCCGAGCAUGGACUUGGUGACAGACAAAAUAACUUUGUAAUAAUUCCCACCGUGAGUGUGCCUGAGAAGCCGUCCAGCCUUCCUCUGUACUAUGAAUUGCUGGGGUGGCACCCCACUGACUUAAUACAGGACUGCGCAGUAGUGCUGCUCUGGGGGAGAGACACAGAUUUCCUGACUUAACCUCCUAAGCCUUCUGUCUGCUCCCAAAGAGCAGUGUGGACACCGAACUGAUUGGGCUAGCUCAGACCUUUGAGGUGGCUGUCUGGAUGGCUAUAUCUCCGGGGCUCUUAAUUUAAUUGUCUACCUUUACCUUUGAAACCACGCAGGCAGAGCCUGGGUAUCUUUGGGCCUCCUAUGAAACCGGGUGUAGGUGGAAAGAGGCUGCAAAGAUUCUAAGCCCAAUGAACGACGCGUCUGUUGCUGCUGCUCUUGGUCCCUGCGUGGCCGUUUGCGGGGCUGAGGGGGUAGGAGCGGGAGCCUCUCUCACCAGUGGUACAGUGCACGUUACUUGUUAGCUGGUUUGCAUGGUGAGUGUUUUUCUGGAAAGAUUGCUGACUCCCAACUCAUGGGAAAGACCCUGGGUGUUUGAGGCUUGGGAAGACCAUCAAACCACUCAGGGAGAAACCCAGAGAAGAGGGGUGGUUAUGGAGCAGAACCCUCGAUCUCCAGGGCGGGUGGCAGAGCCCCAGAAAGCAACCAGGAUCCAGGUAUAAGACAAGUUUGCACCAUUCAUGUUCUCUGAGGCUGUGGCCUGGCGACAGACCGUUUGAAGUGGUGCAGGUGAUGCCCUCUGGAGGCAGGGAUCCUCACGCCUCUCUUCUAUACACGCCUGGGCUUUCUUCCCAGCGCCGUGGGGCUCCUGUGCCUGGAAUCGAGACCUCGCCGAGGAGCAGUCUGUGUUCCCUUCCCUGCAGCAGCCAUGGCGGAGCACCUGGAGCUGCUGGCGGAGAUGCCAGUGGUGGCCAGGAUGAGCACCCAGGAGCGGCUGAAGCACGCACAGAAGCGCCGGACGCAGCAGCUGAAGAAAUGGGCACAGUUUGAAAAGGAGGCUCACGGCAAGAAGGCCAGAGCAGAAAAGAGGAAGAAAAACAGCAGCAGGGAGAAGCGAGUGCUGUUUCCGGAGAGCAUCAAGUUGCUGGAGGCAGCAUCUCGCAAUGAUGUGGAGGAAGUUCGCCAGUUCCUUCAGCGUGGCAUCAGCCCCAAUUUGUACAAUGAAGAUGGCCUCACUGCAUUGCACCAGUGCUGCAUCGACGACUUCGGGGACGUGGUCGCGCUGCUGCUGGAGGCCGGCGCGGAGGUCAAUGCCUGCGACAGUGAGCUCUGGACGCCGCUGCACGCCGCUGCCACCUGUGGGCACCUGCACCUGGUGGAGCUGCUGAUUAAACAUGGUGCCAAUCUCCUGGCAGUUAACACAGACGGGAACAUGCCGUAUGACCUCUGCGAGGACGAUGUGACACUGGACUACAUUGAGACGGCCAUGGCAGAUCAGGGAAUAACUCAGGAGAAGAUUGAGGAGGCCCGAGCCGCCACGGAGCACAGCAUGGUGGAAGAUAUCCGAAAGCUGCUUCAGACAGGUGCCGAUCUGAACACUCCACUUGACCAUAGUGCCACUCUGCUCCACAUUGCCUCAGCAAACGGCUACCUGGAAGCUGCCGAGCUGCUGCUGGAACACAAGGCCAGCAUGAGCGCGAAGGACAACGAUGGGUGGGAGCCUCUCCAUGCCGCCGCCUGCUGGGGGCAGAUCCAUCUGGUGGAGCUGCUGGUGGCCCAUGGAGCUGAUCUCAACGGGAAGUCUGUGCUGGACGAGACGCCCUUGGAUGUGUGUGGUGACGAGGAGGUCCGGGCCAAGCUGCUGGAGCUGAAGCACAAGCAUGAUGCCAUCAUGAAGUCUCAUGACAAGCACAAGUCGCUGCUGCAGCGACGCACCUCCAGUGCUGGCAGCCGAGGGAAGGUGGUGCGGCGGGUCAGCGUGACGGAGCGCACCAACCUCUACCGCAAGGAGCACGAGAAAGAGGCCAUCGUCUGGCAGCAGGUGGCGCACCGGGAGAACGAGGCCGAGCUUGAGGACGAGGACAAGCAAACGGACGCUGAGCUCCAGCAGCACCUCCCCCAGGACGCUGAGGCAGAAGUGGCAGGUCCAGGGGCCUUGGUGGGAGACAAGCAUCAGAAUCCGGGGCUGACCCAGAGAAAUGGAACUGCGGGCUCUUCUGCCGCCGGCCCCCCCAAACACCUCUACUCCAAGCGGCUGGACCGCAGCGUCUCCUACCAGCUGGCCACCCAAGAGGAGCUGUCGGCCGACCUGUGCAAGGAGAAGUCCCACCACACGCUAGCGGACCUCAAACGCCAGCGGGCAGCUGCCAAGCUCCAGCGACACCACCCAGAGGACUACCCUCCCACCGAGGGCGAGGGCCCCCUCUCGCCUGGCCUCGCUGAGACCCUGCGCGGCAGUGAUCACCCCCGCUCGGACUCGGAGCAGAACUCCGUGUACUACACGGCAGCCAGUGGCGAUCCGCCUCUUCUGAAGCUGACGGCCCCGGCCGAGGAGACCCCUGCUGAGAAGAAGCGAUGCUGUAGGCUGAUGUGAGGCGCUGGCAAGAGAAGAUGUUUGUGGGGCACGUCCCCUCCCUGGCAUUGAUGGAUGGCGCUAAUGUCCCAUGGGGCUGCCUCUGGAACGCUGCAGCAGGACGGGUUCUGGGAGCUGGUUUAUCUUCCAGGGACGACUCCGUGUUCCAGACCCAGACACCAAUCAAAGAGGCCGGGCUCCAAGUGCUCCAUCGAGGGCUGCAUGGGCAGCAGGCUUGGAGCCAGAGGGCUGCACAAAUGGAAGCAGAAUGCAAUGACCUUCAUUGUCAGUACAGAGAUGUGUCCUGGAGCAUCUACGGCUCCCAGCAUGCAAUUUGCCAGUCCCUGCUUGGGUCAACCCAUAGAGCGUUGCAUGCUGGGACGUGUAGUCGCAGAGGGCUGCAUCUCCGUUGGACAUGGUGGCGUUGAAUGUUGCGCAAGACAUGCUGGGCUGCGCUGGGUCAGCUGGAGGGUCCCUCCCAGGGCGGCUGUUUGUCUGGGGUCUGUGUGUGGUUUCUAGGAAGGAGUGAAAAGCCUAUGGGAGGCCUCAGAGCACGGCGUACCAUGCAUACAGCACUGGGGGGCAAGGGGACGUCCCCAUGCUUGCCUGACACUAAGGCAAAUGGCGGCAAUGAGGUGAGAACGGUUCUCUUGACACAGAGUUGUAGCCCAGCAGUCCCCUGCUAGGCUGGGCUGCACACAAGCUGUCCUGGUUUAACUAACGUGCGUUUCAAACACGAUGGAAAGCCGAGUAGGUCCCCAGGCACGCCCGUUCAUGGUGGUUUACAACUGGCUUAUAUCCCACUCGCUGGCUUGGAUUCACUAAAGGAAGCGCUGGACUGAGCCCGGCCGUGCGCUGGAGCAAGGCCAUUGGCUGUCAUUCCUAUCUUUUCUUCCAGCAGGGUUAACCGAACCCUGAAUUCAGUGCGGCCCCACACAGCCUUGCACUGAACCAGCCAAAGGUGCUGACGGACGCUGAGUUCACACUUCGGUGCCAGUCUGAGUGUGGGUCCGCUCCAAACCGCAUGGAUAGAAGCUCGUUGUAAACCAGGAUGUGUCCACGUGGCACUGUGGGUUCAACUACAGUAAUCUGAACUCCUGUGCCCCAUAUGGUGCGCCACGCCACGGUGCCCUGUGCCCUCUGCCCCCAGAGGGCACCUGGUGUGGGCUGUGUGCCCAGCCCCUUGUGACCUCCUGCCCUCAGCAAUAAAAUCACUUCAGCAAAGCACCUCACCCCAGGACCCAGCACAGCCCAUUGAUGGGUCUAUGCACCUGUUGUGCGGACAGCUCUCCCCAUGAAACAGCCUGCGAGCGGGACGGGGGAGCUGGUUUCUGGCCCCUCAGUCCAUCUGCCGGGGGCAGCGGUGGGGGGCUGAUUAAUCUGUAAUGGUCUCUAGCCGCCCCGUGCCUGGGCCCUGGACAGCAUCCCGCUGCUCCCCAUUGCUCACGCGGGGCUCAAACAGGGCGUGCUGAUGGCACCCUUCUCAUCUCCUGUUCUCUGCAGAGACACCGGCCCGCUGCAUGUCCCCUCCCUGCGCAGGUGGGACACGGUUUUUUUUUGUCCUGCUGCAGCAUGAGGCUCCAAGGAGCCUUGUGUUGAGCCCCGCACCUCCACCCAAGGGCAGCAUUGGCAGCUUCUCAGGCGGCCGAGGGCUACCCCAGCUUCACGCCCAUAGAGGGGUGCCCUCAGGGGCCCGGUCCCAGUGUGCCAACUCCCAUGUGAGCUCAGCAAAAGCCCCUUUGGCCUACUGCGGAGGAUGGCAUGCUGGAACUUGGAGGCCUGUCCCUCUCUAUUAAUGACUGGGGGGGGGGCUGUGGCAGACUUCUGCUGCCCCUAGGGCCUCAGGCUCCAUCCUCUCAGCCUGCCGUGGGGUUGCUGAGGCGCCGGGCUCUACAAUCAGAACUUCAGGAGGCAGGUGGAGUGGAAGUGGAAGAGCUUCAGCUAGAAACAUUCUCGCCUUUCAGCCGCAAUAAGGAACAUGCUGCUCCCUGGGAUCCAGCCGGCUGGACGGGGCAUCCCUCUGGUGGGUGGCUCGUGGUUUGCAAUAGCUCAUCCCCUGGAUGGGAUUGUCACCCUCUCGCUUAUUUCUCUCUGCCCCGGUGCAUCUAGCCGUGGCUGUUCAACCCCACGUGCUAGGCCUCUCGUCCCUCUGUUCUUCCCCCCCUCAGGGCCCGAGAAGCAUCAGCCAGCCCCAUCUCACCAGCCGAAGAUCAGCCCUUGCUCGGGUGCCGGAGCAGCAGAGCCCAGCUAGAUGCAAUCCUGCCCACUGGCUGGGGGAAAGCAGGUGACAUUCAACCCCACCUGUGAAUGCUCUGGGGAACCCCCUUAAGCUCUGACCCUCCAGCUUCAAGAGUGCAGCUCUAGGCUGAACUUGUAUUAACCACGGGGCCAGCGGUGGUUCUGCUCUGAGAGCCUCCUGCCUGCCCUGGGAGAUACAACUGCAGGGAGCUCUGUGCUCGCCAGCGAGGGUGGCUGACGUAAAAUCCCCUGCUGGGACUGGUCUCUUCGUGGUGCGUUUGUACAGCGGCGCCGCACACGUUUUGUACGGAGCACUCUCACAGUCUAGUUCACGGAGUGCUGUAGCGUUGGUUCCAGCCCCAUCGAGCCGCAGGCUGCCGGCCCGUGGCUUCGGAGGCACUGAUUUUAUACUUUGACACAAUCUUUCUUGCUCUCACCAGGUUUGGAUUUGUAGCUCCUGUUGUCUCUAUUUCCUUUCCACAAUAAACCAGCAUUGGACAGUGAA